AUGGAGGCGCACAUAUCAACGGCGUCGUCGCUGGGGCUGUCCGGCGAGGACGACGGAGACAGUGUGGAUUCUCGCCGCCCAGCUUCGUCCGUGUUUUCGGGCCCCGAGACGCCUCGGCAGGACCCGCCAUCCGGAGAAGGCGGCGCCGUGAAUGACGCCGUGACGGGCCAUGCGACGAGCAGGCGACAAGCUGAGCCGUCUUCUCCGGCGUGUAGCUCCGUCGUCCGCGCGGCGUCCACGGCGUCGGAGGUAUACUCGGACGUGAACGGCGAAGUGGGGAGAAAAGGGUCCAGCCCCUCAGAACUGGGUGGGCGCCCUGCCUCGAUCGCGGGCCUCUACUGGGGAGCCUCGCCGGUCCCGGGGGGGGCGCCCUCGUGCUCGCCCCCCGAGCGGUUCCUCUCGACAGGUUCGUGUCCCCCGUGCACCCGGGAGCACCGGCGCAUGCUCUCUCGCCGAGCCCAAACUCCUCGAUGCGGAGGCUUUACCUCGGCGACGCUGGAUGUUACUGCACCCGCCUCUGCUUUUCUCCAGACCCACACGCCGGCGCGGAACCUCGCGACGUCCGGCUCCUUCUCUUCUGUUUCAACGCACGGCACCGGCCCGCGCCCAGACGCCGAGGCGAGGUCUGUCCGCACUCAAGAGGCCGAACGCCAAGAGAAGGGGCCCCGCAGUCGCGCGCUGUUCAGCGAGAAGGAACGGAGCACCGUCUACUUUGACAGCCGUGGCCAGGUCUUGACUUCGUGCCUGAGCGAGUGGGAGGAGGAGGUAGAGGCGCACCGGUGCGGGACGAGGGCGAAGCACCGAAGAAUGAUGAGUCACACGCUGACCCAUGACGGUGGCGCGGCCCGAGACGACCGCGCGAUUUGCACGGACCAGAUGGGCGGGCCUGGAACCGUCAGCGGGUACUACACCGGGAUGGGAAGGCGGAGGCGACCGUCUUCGCCGUCGAGGAGUCUGUGCGCGCCGCUAUGCGGCUCGUGGUCGUGCUCCGCAACCUCGUUUGUAAGUCAGUGGCGAAAGGAAUCGGCGUACGGGAUAUACUGGAUCUGGACCCUGGGCGCCACGAUGUGGGUCUGUUUGAUCGGGAGCAUCCUGUGCCUAGCCCUCGGGGCGUGGCUAAUCGUCGAGGACAAUCGCCACGUCGAGUGUCGGUUGAACUACGAAGACGAAACCCUGCAGGAGGGAGGGUCGAGGUACUCGCUCCUGUCGAUUACGGCCGAUCUGUGUGGUAGUCGAAACAGCGAUCUAACGGAGCUCGCGGGGCCGUAUGUCUACGUUUACGUAGAGAUGGAGAACUUCUUUCAGAACGACGCACAGAUCCUCUGGAGUCGAAACGAAGCUCAGCUGGCCGGGAAGAUUAUCACGGAUCCGAAGGAACUAAGCGACUGCGCCCCCGUCGUCACGGCCGUAGUCAACAACGUCAGCAAAGUGCUACACCCCUGUGGAGCUCUCGCCUGGAAUGUCUUCACAGACCGCUUUCAAUUCCUAGACGCGGUCCCCGACGACGCCGUCGACUCGGGCCCAGUCAAACCGCUGGUCGUCGAGCAGAGCCAAGACAUCCUCCUCAGCUCCCUGGACUGGCGCUCGCGAUUCAGGAACCCGCCGGCUGCGGAGCGCGCCAAGUACCGCGACCAGGUCUACUUCUGGAUGAGUCAAGUCGACAACGACGAUGGGCAAGACAUGUACAAGAGCCGCGAAGAGGCGAAGGCGGAGUUGUUGAUGGAUCGACUCAACUACGACGAGGCCGGGGAAAUGGUCGAAAACGGACACUUCAUUCAGUGGAUGCAAGUCGCAACCUUCGGGACGUGGCGAAAGCUGUACGGGCGCAUCAAGGGGCCGGUGGAGCUCCCGCUGUUUGCAUACAUUGCGGUGACUUACGAUGUCAAACAGUGGCGCGGCAAGAAGGCCAUCGUGCUUGUCCAGCCGUCGCGCUUUGGGGGCCGGACACAAUUCACGGGCAUCACCUACCUUGUCUUUGGGUGCAUCUUAGGCGUAUUCGCCAUCUACAUGAUGUGGAAGAGGUGGUUCAAGAUCGACGCGCUCGCCGAUGACGCCGUCAAAGACAUUCGCUGGCGCGUGGCCAGUCGAAAGGGAAAGAAGAAGCUCAAGUGAACUUGAGAACCCCAGAAGCCGAGGGGCUUCCCUCGCGCUCCCUCAACCAGAUUUCGGCCAUGAGACAUCUUCGAUCAAGAAGAGUCGAGUAUUACCCAUCGACACUAGGUGUAAAAAUCGCUCAUACAGUUAUUCAGCAGAAGCCAGAAACAAGAAUCCGAUCCGUGGAGUCCGCCCAGACUACCACUAGGAAGGAAACUAUGACGGUGUACAUGUUGACAC